AUGCUUGUCUUGAUCGCUGGUAUCACCGGCUUCGUCGGUCUGCCGUGUUCCAGGUCCGCAUUUGCCCGCGGCUUCAAAGUCCGCGGCCUAGCCCGCAACAUCGAUAACCUCCCGGAAGACGUUCGAAGCCGACUUGAAGGCUUCGAGACGUUGUCGAGCCCCUAUGACGUCGCUGCAAUGGACCGAGCUACCAAAGGCGUCGAUGCCAUUAUCUGUGCCUUUGCUGCAGUUCCGGAAAUGUAUAUGGAAUCGCAACUGCUUCUAAUCAGAGCAGCAGAGAGAGCGGGCGUGAAGAUCUUCCAUGCCACCUCAUGGAACUAUGACUGGACGCUUGCUCCGGGUUCGCACGAGUUAUACGAUGAUAUGCGGGGCUUUUCUCACCAUGUGGCAGUUAGUUCGACCAUCAAGCCGAUCUAUAUGUUCACCGGUGCGAUCGCAGAGUACUACUUCAAGCGUAGCCCGUAUGAUUGGGACUCGGAAACCAAGACAUUCAACUUCCACGGGCCUUCGACAUUCCCCACUCGGUACACCACCGCAGAUGAUAUUGGAAACUAUGUUCUCGAGGCUAUCACCGCCCCCAAUGCUGCCGAUGGAGGCUUUGUUCGAGUCCAGAGCUUCGAAGCCUCCCCCGAAGACAUUGCCAAUACAUACAAUGCUGUGAGAGAAGGCCGUGUCACUGCUAAGCUUAAUUGCUUAGGCUCAGUGGAGGACGCAGAGGACAAGCUAAAUGAGGGAAGAGCUAAAUAUGGGAAGAGCGGUUGGUACAACUUCAUUCGAUAUGUGUAUCAGUAUCAUAUCCCAGCUCGUUCUUGGGAUUAUGAGCCGGUGGAUGUUGCGCGCUUUCCAAAUGUCAAACAGACAAGCUUGGAGGAAUUUUUCCGCGGCAAUCCGGACGUGUAG